UUUUCAGACGUUAUUCGCCGAUGUCGUGCUGUAUUGUUGGACGCUCUGGGUGAAUAAAGUGCGGACAAUUGAAUGACAUAGGAAAUCCCGUUCGGUAGCUAUCGACCGAGCUAAAGCUAAAGCUCACUAGCGUUAGCCCGUCCCGUACAUGACGGUUCACCCGUCUGCGCGAGGAAGAGGUCAAAGGUCAACAACAAAUAUAUCAACGAGCAGCUAGUCAUUGCCUUUAGGUAGACAUAUUGUUUAACAUCUCGUAUCCGUGUGUGGGACUGCGCAUCAGGCAGCAGGAGUCAUGCAAUAACAAUAACUUGAGUGUAGUUACCGCUCUGUAAUGGCUUCUUUAGUGAGUUCGUCAUUACGGUCACCUGUCAGACUAAGUGUGUACCUGCGCUCGAGGACGAGCAGGACGCUCUCUGCCAACGGUCGUUUGGGUCAAAGGAGGUCAUGUCCAGGUGAAGGUGCCACUCUGUGCAGACCAACCGUCUCUCCCCAAUGGAACGGGACGCGGGGGUUCUUCUCCCGCGGCGGCGGCGGCUCAGCCGAGGAUCAGAAGACCCUGGAAGACAUCGCCGAGGACAUCAGAGAGCGGCGGUACGAGAAGGUGGUGGUGAUGGCCGGAGCCGGGAUCAGCACGCCGAGCGGCAUCCCGGACUUCAGGUCUCCAGGCAGCGGCCUCUACGACAACCUGCAGCAGUACGACCUGCCCUACGCCGAGGCCAUAUUCGAGCUCAGCUUCUUCCGCCACGACCCCAGACCCUUCUUCGCCCUCGCCAAAGAGCUCUACCCAGGGAACUAUCGGCCCAACGUGACCCAUUAUUUUGUGCGGCUGCUGCACGAGAAGAGUCAGCUUCUCCGCAUGUACACGCAGAACAUCGACGGGCUGGAAAGACUGGCGGGGAUUCCCCCCGAGAUGUUGGUGGAGGCUCACGGAACGUUCGCCACGGCAACCUGCACCACCUGUCUGCGGGAAUACCAGGGGGAGGAGCUCCGGGCGGACGUGCUGAGCGGGACGGUCCCGCAGUGUCCCACCUGUAGAGGCGUGGUGAAGCCCGACAUCGUGUUCUUCGGGGAGGAGCUUCCACGUCACUUCUUCAAGUACCUCGCAGACUUCCCGCGGGCCGACCUGCUGGUCGUCAUGGGAACGUCGAUGGAGGCUGCGCUCUGCAGGUGGAGCCCUUCGCCAGUCUGGCCGGAGCGGUGGGCGGCUCCGUUCCCCGUCUGCUCAUCAACCGCGACCCGGUGGGUCCGUUCGCCGGGCGCCGCCGCGCCCGCGACGUGGUGCGGCUGGGCGACGUGGUGGAGGGCGUGCGGGCGCUGGUCGACGCCCUCGGCUGGACCCGCGAGCUGGAAGCUCUGAUGGCCGCCGCUGCUCUGAAAGCUGCGGAAGAGAAACCCGUAACGAAAAAAACACCCUGAAUGUGGACUUUAAAGGUCUAAUGCGGCAGUAUGUGGAUCUCUGGUUGAAUUAAAGGAAACUCACAGCAGAAACGCACAUUCAUUCACUUCUCAGUAGAAUAUCAGCAAAACGCAGGUGAGUGAUGAUGCAACAAUGAGAACGAUGUGCAAUAUUACAUUUGAUUUUUUUUCACCUGUGAGUGAAACAGUCGUUUUGUAUGGAGUCGAUUUUUAUGUAUUUACUUUAAUUAUAAUAAAGAAGGUCAACGUGCUGGUUAAAUACUGCAGUUUUUGAACAUUAUGGCAUGAAAACAUGUUCUAUUAGAAACCUCAAAUUAAACUGGGAAGCUGUGUAAUGUAUGUUUAACAAAUGCAAUUAUUUACAGUAGGGAAAUAAAGGAAAAUGUAAGCUUUUA